AUGCCAGUGGAUGCGCCCUUACAGAAGUUUAGACCUCGUUGCGCCCAACGCUUGGCUGAAAUUCUUAAGCCUGACGCCCUCGACGAAGAGACACGACGGCAAAUAUUACGCAACGUGUGCGCGGAUGCGGCAGUGACUACAAAUGACGGCGGUUGUAGCGUGGUGUCAGAGGAAGUAAAGCUUGGCGGAAGCUCCGGUACUGGAGGGAACUUCUCGACCAUGCUGCGUGAUCGUGUUGCAACCGCAAAUAGUGAACUCGUCACCGCAAUGACAAAGCGGUUAAAGAUGUUGGAGGCACAGCAACAAGCCUACCGCCUGGAACUUAAGGAAAAGACAGAAAAACUCAACCGCAUGCAGACGGAGUGUGAAGCAGAAAAAUCAAGGCGCGAGGAAGCGGAAACGCUUGUGGUAGAGUUGUUCAGCGAUAAAGAGGAAUUGGAGAAACAAAUAAUGGAAAUGAAGGAAUUCCUUGCUGAUUAUGGUCUUCAGUGGGUGGGUAAUGCUGAGGGUGAAAGCGGUGGCGGAUCAUCCAGAACACCUAAGGAACGCGCCAAAAAAUCACCUGCUACUCUUGCAGCAGAGACCUCGCCAAUCCCCAAUAGGGAAAUGAAGCGGUUCGAUCUGUACGCUGGAGAUUACACCAGCGAGGCCCCGUCCCCAAGGCCUGAAAGUUCCUCACUGGCAGCCGCUGAGUCCCGCAGUACAAAUAUGUCUCCGGCGAGAGGGGAGUGUUCCCUCCCCGUUUCUAUGGAAAUUCUACAGAAAAAUGCUCGAAUACUGUCAGAUCAUGUUGGUUUCAAGGAGGUUGCCACCAACGGGAAACGAGGCGCUAUAAAGGAUCGCGAUGUUGUGCAGAUUGUUGUGUAUAAAGAUGGGAUUUGCGUCAACAGUGGGCCCUUUAGGCCUUUUGGCUGGCCGCUUUGUGAUGCCGUGUUGAACGAUAUCGCCGAAGGCUAUUAUCCAUACGAAUUCAAGCAGCGCUAUCCUGACGGGUUUCCCAUUGAGAUAGUUGAUCAAACUUCGGUAUGUUGCACUGCAGUAGGCACUCGACCGAAAAACGACAAGGUGCAAGGCACCGAACGUAUGCGGGAAGGUGGCUACCAACCGGUGUCACGUGAGGAAUUUCUAAAAAGACUACCGACCACACGAAUUACUGCGGGAGGUCGGAUUGUUGAUGUACAGGGAGAGAUAGCGAAAAUAAUUGGAUGUGACAAGGGAGGCCCAAGCGGUAGCGCGGAACCUGAUGAUGCUUCGCUUAUGAGGCAUGUAACCGCAUCGGAACAAAAGAAAAGGGGGAACGUAAGCAAAAGUGAUGGGGAGUGUGGUGCACCAGUUGCUACUGGUACGGAGACCCCCAACAAUCGUUGCAAUAAUACGCGGUUGCAGCUUAUUGAAGGAUUAGUAGCCGUGCAACUGCGGUUUCCAUGUGGAAAGAGGUUAGUCUUGAAUCUCUCACCAGAGGACACCAUUGGGGACUUGCGACGCGAGGUGCGAUUAGCCAUGCCCUCAUUCACAACCGAAUAUAAAAUUUGUCUUCCCUUUCCAGCUAAGACGCUGGGUGAUGACAGCAAGACGCUGGCUGAAUUGGGUCUUUUGGGAACAUGCACCCUCAUGAUACAGCCACCAAGGGAAACAAAGUCAUAG